GGCGAGUGUUAUAUUGCAAGCGGAAAGGAGUCCCCAGUUGCAGCAUUUAUGAUAUUUAUCACUUGCAGUUCGGUGGCGUCAAAACGCAGUGUCAAAACGGAACCGGAAUCCGCAGGAAAAAAGGAAAUCCGGACCGGGAGAGGUGUGGCGAGCAGUUUGAGGCGACGUCCUUUCACGGGCACCUUUCACGCAGGCGGGCAGACACGAACGCGGAGGGGCACGGACCGAGGAAGCACGGCUAUCCAGGCGGUGCAAAUUUUCCCCUGGAUAGCCAGUGCCCUGCUUGAAAGGCCAUUCGCACUGUAAUUUUUUGGUCUUAGGAGCGUCAAACUAAGAGGGUCUUCGCGGCCGCUAGAUUUGGCAGCUAAAUCUCAUAGGGUUUUGAUGAUUAUGACACUUCGUCCUAAUGCCAAGGAGAUUUUUUAUUUCCAGAAGUUUUAAUAGUCUGAGUAUAUUCACUUUGAAGGAUGGCUUCGGAAGAAUCAUCUCAGAAUGUAUUGGAAUGGGUGCAAAAUGACAACCGCUGCUUUCUCCAUGCUGUUUAUUGAGUUGGAAACCUUGAGAGAACUAUCAAAUUCUACACUGAGUGCUUUGGGAUGAAAUUACUAAGACGAAGAGACAUUCCAGAGGAAAAGUAUUCAAAUGCUUUUCUUGGAUUUGGACCUGAGGAGUCCCAUUUUGUCUUGGAACUGACUUACAAUUAUGGAGUUGACAAGUAUGACAUUGGCACAGGGUUUGGAGUCUUUUCAAUUGCAACUGAAGAUGUAUACAAGCUGGUUGAGGAUAUCCGAGCAAAGGGAGGAAAAGUCACAAGAGAACCAGGCCCUGCAGAAGGGGGUAUGACAGUUGUAGCAUAUGUGCAGGAUCCAGAUGGUUAUUUGUUCCAGCUUAUUCAAAGGGGCCCGACUCCAGAACCGCUGUGUCAAGUCGUGCUUCGUAUUGGAGAUCUUGAUCGGUCCAUUGCAUUUUAUGAAAAAGCUUGUGGAAUGAAACUCUUGAGGAAAAAGGAUAACCCUGACUACAAGUAUACAGUAGCAAUGUUGGGAUAUGCCAAAGAGGAAGAGACAACUGUGUUGGAGCUAAUAUAUAAUUAUGGUGUUACUGAAUAUACCAAAGGCAAUGGAUAUGCACAAAUAGCACUUGGCACAGAUGAUGUGUACAAGAGUGCAGAGGCUAUUUGUAUAGUUACAGAGAAACUUGGUGGGAAAGUAACCCAGGAACCGGGACCAAUACCUGGGAUCCAUACUAAAGUUACUUCUUUCCUUGAUCCCGAUGGAUGGAAAGUGGUGUUUGUUGACAACGCCGACUUCUUGAAAGAGGCCCAGUAGGAGGGCUGGAGGGUUGAGACACAUAGAUUAAGCAUAUUGAACUGGAAAACAAAAGCUGUGACACAUAUUCUAUGUUUAUUGUAUGUCCUUAAUUAUAUGGUAUGGUGUAAGUUUGGUGUUGGAACAUUAUUUGUGUGCACGAUUUGCUUUCAUUUCCUCAAGCUCUUGCUUAUGUUAGACCAAUCAUAUACUUCAAUCUUUUGCCAACUAAGGCAAUCUAAAAGCAGAAAAACAUUAAUCCUGAGAGUUAAAAGCUAUACCUAUAUGUAGUAGGAACUGUACAACCCGUUGAAAUGGAUUUACUGUUGAACAUUCCUUCCAAGGAAAUGAAAUUAAUUUUAUAAUACAAACCAGAGACGAAGCAAAGCCUGGUCUUACUAUCAAAA